CCUCAUACUGCAGCACUCAGCAAGCUGCUAUCUCUCUCUCUCUCUCUUUCUCCCCCUCCUCCUCUCAUCCUCUGUCUGUCUCAGGGAGGGGAGCGGCCCAUAGCUCACAACAAACCCUCCCAAAUUCCUGUCCUCGCCCAGUAGCUGCUGCCUCCUUCUCCCUGGCAGGUGGUGAGUGAGCGUGGGAGCCUCAGCAGCAUGAAGGCAGCAGCCCUGCUCCUCUUGUGCCUGGCAUCCCUGGAUGCCAAGCUGGUGCCAGACAGCCAGGAGGGCUUUGCAGAGUGCAAUGACUUCUUCUACCAAGGCAGCCCACCCCAGGGCUUCACUGACCCUUCCUACACCAAGAUCUGCCAGAAACACAAUGGGGACCCCCAAUUUGCUACAUUGUAUAGCACCAAGGACAGGAUCCCCCUAUACUCUGCCUUCACCUACAGGGAGGGGGCUGCCAAUGAUGGGGGCAGCUGGCUGAUUGAACCCCAGCUGGAUGAUGCUGAGAGCAGUCUGGAGGAAGCUACAAGUGGAAGUGAUGCCUCAGAGAAAAUUGCAGGUCUUGGUACGAACCAAGCACUUGAAGAUGAUUAUGCUUCUUCGGAAUACCAACCAGGGUCUCUCCUUCCCAAUAGUCCAAGCAUGCUCACUAAUGCUGUGCCGUUCACAGAGAAUUUCAAGGAAAAAUGGGCUUCAGAUGUUGACCAGUUUAUCAAAGAAACUUUGCUACCUUAUUGCUCAAAUGGAGAAAACCUACAUCUCAUUGCUGGUGCCAUUCCUUCCAAUAGUAAGAUCAGUGACAAGGUGACCGUUCCAGAGUUUGUGUGGCUUGCCGCUUGUUGCAACAUUCCCGAUGCCUGGUCCACGGGAAUUAUCAAAGGAACUGUCGAUGUAGAUAAUUUAGAAGACAUUACAGUGAAAGAACUUGAGAAGAAUUUUCUUGGUGGUGCCAAACUAUUUUCUAACCAGUGUGGUGGAGGCAGGUUACCCCCGGAGAGGAGAGAAGUAUCUGACGCCUCUUCUCAAACAGACGCUGAAUCACAAGUUAAAACAUCAGGACCUUUUUUUAAAUUCAUUCAGUUCCUUUUCUGUAUUGUAUAUGAAAUUUUUAAAAAUGUGUUUUAUCUGGUGUGGUUCUUUGUCAAGCAGAUCUGUAACCUGGUACUGGGAAGACUCUAUUGGAUCUGGACUUCAGUUACUACCUACGUGUUUGCACUAAGCAGUGUUUUGUUGAACAUUCCAUGUGAUGUUUUCCGUGUGUUUGGAAACAUUGUAUGUGGCUUUGUACGAAUUCUUAACAAUGUUUUCUCGAUUGUAUGUCUGAUACUGAGGUUACCAGCAAGGUUUGUCUGUGACAUUGCAAGUUUUCCAUACAAUACACUUUGUGCCAUACCAGAUGUUGGCAUUGACAUAUUGAGCGGAUUAUGGGGUGUGUUGGCUCUAGGCUUAAAUGCUGUCUUUGGCGCAUUUGGUGGUUCGUUCUCUGUUGCAAGCUUUGCAGGAAGCAGUUUUCUCCAAAGGUUUGUAGGACAGUCAGAUGGAUAUGAAGCUUGAAGUAUAUUACAGCUUUUGGAAACAAUAAUACUCAUCAAUUUAUGUGCUAGCACUUUACUGCAAAUCGGUUGUAAUUCCUGUUGGAGUCAUACCAAAUUACAUUCUUAUUUCUGACCAUGUAACUCCACAGGAUAUAAACUUGUUCUAGCUGCAACACUAAUGCUGGCUUUGAGGUGAAAUGUCUGGAAUAUCCAGCUAGCUUCGAUCGCAUUUUAGAGACUUUAACCCCUUAAGGACACAUGACAUGUGUGACAUGUCAUGAUUCUCUUUUAUUCUAGAAGUUUGGUCCUUAAGGGGUUAAAGUGUUGUUUUUUUGUGUGUUUUCUGAGCGUGCGUGCGUUUAGUCACUCAUGGCACGAGUCUGAUUGCAUCCUAUUGUAAGAUCAGGCAAUUCUUUGUAGGGAGCAUGGAUCUCAAUUCAUAAGAUGUCAUUUUGUGACCUCUCAUUGUCCUUUGUUGAAAUGUCAUUCAUUGCCUUUUUAGAUAAAAGUGCAAUAAUGAUACAUGGUCAGAGGAUUACUUUUUGUGAAGCUCCAGAAGUGCCACUUUUGCUUAAAAAAUAAAAUUCAUUAUAUAUAAAAAAAAAAAAAAAAAUUGGUGUCUAGGGCUGUAAAUUACAUAGUCAAUGGUAACAGUUGGACGUCUAGCGGUGCAAGAAGAAUGCAGGUAUUCUGUAGUAAUAUAGAAAAUUCCUAAUUUUUAAUGUUCCAUAGUCUUGGAGACCAACAACAUGUAUAUAGGCGUAUGUAUGUAAUAUAUUGAUAUAUAAUCUAAAUUUCUUAAUUUACUCUGGUUAGCAACUCAACUUCAGUAAAAUCUUAGAUCAGAAUGAUUUUUCACGUAAGAGUUCACGGAAAAAUGAAAAUGUAAGGAAACCGUUUUUUAUUAUCCUGGUAGUGUCUCUCUAUUUUUUAGGUACUAUUUCUUUCUGAAUAUGUGCAAGUUCCAACUUGCUUAGAAAUGUACAGCUAUAGAUUUGUGUACGUUUAGUAUACUGAGCUGUAGAAUUCCAAGCUAUAUGGAAAAACAUGUUCCAGGUACUGUUGUGGCGUGUACGUUCUAGAAGUAGCUUUUGUGCUGUAAUAGUGUUCAUCUUUUUCAUAACCAGUUGUAUUGACUGCUUGCUAUAUAGUAAGAGGCUGUAUUAUAGACCUGCAACAAAAACGCAAAAAUAAGAACUUACAGUGAGGAUGUACUCCGAGGCAUCAGUAUUCGCAAUCUGGAAGCUGCAAAGUGCCCCCCCCCCCCCCC